AUGACGCUGAGUCCGGAUACAGAUUUCUCCCAAGAUCAGCCUCUACACAUCCUGGCAUCACUAAACAAGGAAAAAUCCUACAGUAAGAAGAUCGGCAGAAGAACUUUCAGGCUGGAUUUCCAGCUCGGAAACAAUCGCGAAUGUAAUUUCUUAUUGGUAGAAACAGAUCACAAAGACCAAACUAUGGCCAGUAAUCAAACCAUGAGUGAUCUCACAAAAACAGCACAAAAUUGGAUGAAAGUUUGUAAAUGCGCAAGUUUUUGGGAAGAGCCUGGCGCAAAAUGGUACCCUCGUCGUCUACUAGAUUUGCAGGAGCUGCGCACCAACCCUGAUCCACACAACACAAGAAUACGUCUGGUUGAGUCUAGAGACUGUAUUAUCGAGCAAGAUGUAUGGGCUGUAUCUGAUCGCCUCCUAUAUAAGGAUCGGAAUGAUCGUUACGUCACACUGAGCCAUUGUUGGGGAAACCCGAAGCUUGGUUCGCCACCACCGCUGAGCAUGACUUUUGAAAACGAAGAGCGCUUCAAAACGGAGGGCAUCAUGGUGAAGGAGCUACCCAAGACAUUCCGAGAUGCUGUUGUGUUCGCCGCAGGACUAGAAAAGGUCGGCUUCAUAUGGAUCGACUCGCUGUGUAUCCGACAACCUAUCAAAGGGGAUGGUGAAAAUGAGGAGGAACAGCUCCGAGACUGGUUCGAACAAAUUCGUCAUAUGGGAAAUGUUUAUCGAAAGGCUUUUCUGAACAUAUCUGCUACUGCUGCAUAUGACACAAAAGGAGGCUUGUUUUUCGACCCCUGCCCAGAACUUCUUCGAGAAAAUAAUAUUGAUGUGUAUCAUCCGGAACACCCCUAUUCUACACUGGAAAACGGUAUUGAAAAGACCGAUGCCUACUUAAGAUGCUCUUUGAUCGAUACAUCAGCUUGGGAUGACCUCGUCGAGAACGCUCCAGUUAAUCAACGAGCCUGGGUCUUCCAGGAGCGAUUGUUAGCGCCUCGUGUACUCCACUUUGGAUACAACCAGCUGGCCUGGGAAUGUCACGAGUUCAACAGCAGUGAAAGUUACUCCUGGAAUGAGUUAGCAAUCAAGCCGUCCGGUACCGACGGUUUUACCGACAGAAGUCACCUGAAGCACCUCACAGUCUCUGCGGGGCGCUCAUUCCGUGAAGCGAGAUUAAGCAGCUUUCUAGAUCGCGACAAGCAUAUCAAAGACAUAUACAUCUAUGAACUAUGGAAGAAAAUAGUGGAAAGCUAUUCAAGAGCACAACUCACAAAGCACAAUGACAAACUCAUUGCAUUGGGCGGCCUAGCAAAACUUUUUCAAGACAAACUAUUCAGCCCAGACCACAGUCAGACAUAUGUCGCCGGGCUAUGGAGUCGCCACAUCGAAAGCCAACUGCUAUGGACCGUAAACGAAAUCUACCGCGGCAACGACACAUAUGAUAAUCCAGGGCAACGUCACUCGGAAAGCGGACCCUCAUGGUCUUGGGCCUCCAUCACCACUCCACACGGAAUAACCUACAGCGAUAUCACAGACUACGCCUCACUGCAAGACAAACAUAUCAAAUCCAUCUUCUUCAAAGUCAUAUCCCACACCGUCUCCCCCGCCGACCCAAACAACCCCUUCGGCAUGCUAAAAUCCGCCCACAUACUCCUCGCUCCCGCCCACCUCCACGCCAUCAAUCUCAUACAGCGCCGUGUUGGUCACAACAUAGUCUACACGUGGCACCUAGAAUCCAACUCAGAAUCCGAGCUCCGGCACGAAUACUCCAACGUACACAUCGAUGCCCCAAAUUCCGACACCGACAUUUUUGGUCCUGACCCCCAGUUGUAUUGCAUGCCAGGUGCAUAUGCCAAUCGUACCAUGCGAGAUGAAGUUCGGGAUUUGUACUGCUUAAUGCUCAAGUAUGAAGGUAGUGUGGUGCUUGAGUCAAGUGAGCCGGGCAAGGGGAAAGUAGAGUAUAGAGCUUUUCGUCGUGUGGGUGUUACAAAGGUAGCGAAGAUGGGUAGGAAAGAGUUAGAGAUAUUGAGGGAGGGGGAAACGCAGGAAGUUAUCUGUUUGCGCUGA